AGGGUGAUGAAGAGGAGGGGGAGGGGUCCGGCAGCCUCCGGAGCUCAGGGCGGGGCGACUCCGCGCAGCAGCAGCUUCAUCGCGGACACACCGACCUCCUGCUCUUCUUCAGGCCGCGGCAUGGACCCCGGAGCCCGGCCUGCGCCUCCUCGAUCACAGCGGGUCCGGUUCGAGCUGCGGUCGGUUCUGAUGAAGAUGAAGCCGCUGUGAAUCUCACACACACUGACACAUACACACACACACACACGCACACGCACACAGACACACACACACACACACGGAGCGUCGAGCUCCGCUGCUGCAGAAUCUUCGCCAUUGUUUGGAUGAACCGGAGGAAAAGGCCCGAGCAUCGACUCCCUGUGACCCAGAGACAGCGAUGCUCUCCCCGCUGCUGCUCACCGGGACCCUGCUCUGCAUCAUCCAGAGUUCGUUGACCUUUCACGUGUCCCUGCGUGACGAUGGUUCGAUCCUGGCGUCUCUGGAGCGCUCCGACCUGCAGGACAACGUCACGGCGUACGCAGCUCAGGUGUCUGGAGAAGCUCGGCUCCUCGUGGCCGAGUUCAGGAACACGAGCGACCGGCUGCUCUUCAACACGUCCUUCCACGGCCUCUGCUACUCUGUGAGUCUGCUGCUGAAAGUGGGCCCGAGCUGGUCCAGACCCCAGAAGACCACGGCCGUCCUCACAAAGCCGCUCCCCGUGCUCAGCGUCCAGAUCUCGGACUUUAAAGAGUCUCCAGAAACCGGCGUGGUGUUUGAGAUGGAGCCUCCGGCGGGGAACGUGUUCAGCCGAGUGAACAUCAGCUACACGGAGAACCAGCAGCGACGCUCCUUCCUCUACAAAGAUUUCUUCAAAGGGAAGACGGUUUUCAAGCACUGGUUACCGGGCGUCUGUUACCGUGACGUCACCUUCCAGCUGAUCUCCGAGGCGACGGUGAACCAGACGGCGAUGAUGUCACACAGUGACAUCACACACUCAGCUGUGCACCACAGGACAGUGCCGUACCCCCCCCUCAACGUUUCCCGUAAGAUCGUGCACUUGAGCCCGAGGGCGGGGCCGGGUGGAGCUGCCAGCAGGCCCCCCCCCCGCCCUGAGGGGAACCAGGACAGCAGCCCGUCGUCCCGUCGCGCCCGGGACGUCCCGCUGAUGGAGGAGCAGGAGGAGAACACCUCAGAGGAGGCGGCGGCAGCUUUCACUCAGGUUCCCUUCAUCCCGCCACAGAACCAGUCAGGAACCGCCGCCGCCCUCUGGAACCAGACGACGGAGGCCGAGACCCGGAGCUACUGGCCGGAUCCGACCGAGCCGCCGGGCACGGACACGGACGACGAGUUCGUCAACGCCGUGGUGUCUGAGUACGAAGACUCCAACGAGCCGGGCUCCGCCAUGGGCCUCCCCUCCGACCCCCCCGUCCUGCCCACCGAGCUCCUCCCCCUCCUGCUGGAGCUACGCUGGCUGCCCCCCCGACCUCCCACCAGCUACGACGGCUUCAACGUCAACAUCUACAGAGACGGGAACUCGACGGAGACAGCGACCGUGGACGAGAACACUCACGAGUUCUUCACGGAGCUGACGGAGGCGGGGACGUAUCGAGUGGAGGUGACCACGCUGAGCUCGGCCGGAGACUGUGAAGCGAGAGAGAGCGCCGCCGACACCAGCUUCAGCUUCUACCUCAGUCCCGGCGGCGAGCUGUUGGACGAGCUGCGUGAGCGUCCCCGGGCCGUCAGCGUCCGUCUGCUGGACUCCAGCACCGCCGCCGUCUCCUGGGCGCCGUCCCCCGAGGACCACAACGGCAGCGUGGUGUCCGUGGUGUCCACCACGUGUCUGAAGCCCAGCCCGAGUCAGAGGAUGGAGAACACGUACUGCGGCGAGGAAAACACGACGAGUGACAUCAUCACCAACCUGACGCCCGGCGCCCAGUACCGGGUGACGGUGUUCCACACCAACGGGCCGCUGACCAGUCCUCCGUCCGAACCCGUCAUCAUCGACAUCGAACCCACGGGCGUCCGCGAGCUCGCCAUCUACCCCCUGAGCCCGACGGCGGUGAUGCUGAGCUGGCAGCGGCCGUACCACGUGUCCUUCAGGAAGUACGUCCUGCAGACCUUCUUCUUCAACCCCGUCACGCUGGCGUCCGAGUGGACCACGUACUACGAGAUCGCGGCCACCGCCUCCAUCAUCGCCUCCGUGCGGGUGACCGACCUGCUGCCGGCCUGGUAUUACAACUUCCGUGUUUCCAUGGUCACAUGGGGCGAGCCGCCGCUCGGCUGCUGCGACGGCUCCACCGUGAGCUUCGUGACAGCUCCGGAGGCUCCUCACGUGUCCUCGGUGGAUUAUUCUCACGGCGUCCUCUUCGUCCGCUGGACGUACGGGGAGCUCUUCAUCGACCUGUCCCACUCCAGGAUGCUCCACUGGCAGGUGGUGGCUGAGGGACGCAGAGGAGCCGAGAGGAGCUUCUCUGUGGACGUGACUCGUAACGUGAUGCGGGCGAGUCUCCCGCUGCCGCCGGGCGACAUCUACAACCUGACGGUGACGGCGUGCACGGAGCGGGGGAGGAACACGUCCACGCCCACCAUCAUCAAGCUGGAGCCGGCUCCUCCCACUUCUCUGUUUGCCGUCAACGCCAGCGACUCGUCCGUCACUCUGCUGUGGAGCGAGGAGGGAGUGGUGGACUUCUACCAGGUGGUCUGCCGAGCCCGAGGAGGCCGAGAGCUGAAGGCGCGGGAGCCUCAGACCGUCACUUCUCACCUGGCGACCGUUUCUGGUUUGACGCCUUCGUCCUCGUACAACUGCUCCAUCGUCAGCUUCAGCUACAGCACGCCCAGCAGGCCCGCCCACAUCACCGUCAGCACCGCCGCGAAGGAGAUGAACCCGAGCGUGGCGGCCAUCUCGGCGCUCGCCGUCCUCAGCGUCCUGCUCGCCAGCCUCCUCGUUCUCUUCCUGCUCGUCCUACGAAAGAAACACCUGCAGAUGACCAGGGAAGGUGGAGCGGAGACCUUCGUGAAUUUUGCUUCGUUUGAACGAGACGGGAAACUUCCUUACAACUGGCGAAGAAGCCUCUUUGCCUUCCUUACCCUCCUGCCAUCCUGCCUUUGGACUGACUAUCUUUUGGCUUUUUAUAUUAAUCCUUGGAGCAAGACGGCUUUAAAGAAACGGAAACUAACGAGUCUGGUGCAGCUCGACGACUUUGACGCCUACUUUAAAGAAAUGAGCAAAGACUCAGCGUAUAAGUUCUCUCUGCAGUUUGAGGAGCUGAAGAGCGUCGGUCUGGAUCUUUCCCAUGAUGCAGCUGACCUGCCUGUCAACAGACCCAAGAACAGAUACACCAACAUCCUGCCAUACGACUUCAGUCGAGUACAGUUAAUCUCGAUGCACAACGAUGAAGGUUCAGAUUACAUCAACGCCAACUACAUACCCGGAUACAAACACGUGAAGGAGUACAUCGCCACCCAGGGGCCGCUGCCGGAGACGCGGAACGACUUCUGGAAAAUGGUGCUGCAGCAGAAGUCUGCCAUCGUGGUGAUGCUGACUCAGUGCAACGAGCGGCGGCGGGUGAAGUGCGACCACUACUGGCCGUUCACAGACGAGCCGGUGAUGUACGGAGAGAUCAGCGUGGAGAUGCUCUCUGAGACCGAGUCUCUGGAGUGGACCAUCAGGAAGUUCAGACUGGGAUACGCCGACGAGUCUCAGGACGUCCUCCACCUGAACUACACCUCGUGGCCGGACCACGGCGUGCCCACGGUGAACGCCAUCGAGAGCAUCCUGCAGUUCGUCCACAUCGUCCGCCAGCAGGCGAACCGGACCAAGGAGCCCGUCAUCGUCCACUGCAGCGCCGGCGUCGGCAGAACCGGGACCUUCAUGGCUCUGGACCGGCUCAUGCAGCACAUCAGAGAACACGAGUUCGCCGACGUCCUGGGCCUGGUGUCGGAGAUGAGGUCACACCGCCUGUCCAUGGUUCAGACUGAGGAGCAGUACGUGUUCAUCCAUCAGUGCGUCCUGUUGAUGUGGCAGAAGAAGAAGCAGCUGUCAAUCACCUCCGACGUCAUCUACGAGAACGCCAGCAAAACAUAAAGACGUCUCCUCCACACGCUGUGAAGCCGCUCCUGCGCGUCAGGCUUCCAUUCUCUGCAGAAGAAGAAGAUCUGCUUCAUCAUCGGUGUCAAGAAACAAAACAUCAACGUGAAAAUAAUAAUCUGAUUUUUGUUGGAAUUGGUGUAAAGCAUGGGAUGGAGUUUUGCCUUAAGGAGCCGUCACUGACUGAAAACACGUCCGACCCCCCCGCCCUCUGACCCGACUCAUUCAGAGGAGUUAACGAGCUCCGCCUCUGAUUGGACGUGAAGCCACGAGUCGGCGGAACUGUCGCACCUUUUUCAUCAUAUUUAUGUUUUUAAUCUCAGGAGUCGCUGAAGAACCAGCGAGCCCCCCCCCCCCCCCCACUCGUGUUCCGUCCGUCUGCAGCUUCCUGUCCCGGACGAGUCACCUUCAAACCCACUCUGCUAAUGAACACAGAAGAAGAAGAACGCAGCAAACGUUCACCCAACGAGAAACGAUUUCCUCCCGUCGUCACAAAAUUGACAAAAUAAACGUUUGAGUCGUUUUGUUGUUGUUUGAACAUCGAGCGUCUGAAUGUUUACAAGUUUGAACAAAAGCUGAAAGACACAAAAACAGUCGAUGGGAACAAACGGCUGUCUGUGGAGUUGAGCGCCCCCUGCUGCCGGCCCGUCAGACGUGAGAGGCUGUGGGUGUUUGUCCUCGAGGCGUCGAGUUCCUGCCGCCGCCUGAUGGAACCUGAGUCUCCGUCUGCGCCCUGAGCUCCUGCAGCAGGCGUCUCCAAAGACAGACGUCUGAAGGAUUCAUCCUCGGAUCAACAAUCUGCAAAGACACAAACAUAUCCGACUCAUUUCAGCUGAAGCUGAACCAGAAGUUUGUCUUCAUGUUGCUGAAGUCGACAGAAACAUAUCGACUCAGAUCUGCAGAGUCCACACGAGCCGUCCAUCUCUAAAUAUCAAAUAUUAAAUAAAACUACAAGAAUCUUUUCAAACUUCAUCCUUCAACAAAAAAAACAUCGUAAGUUGUAAUGACCCUAAUUUGUCUUUUUCUUUUUCGAAAUUUUUUGGUUGAAAAUAAUGUUCUGAUUUGUUUUUGGUUCUUUAAUAUUUUGUCUCGUGUCGAUUCUGUAAAUCUGACGGAAUUCAAGAAACAGUCGUGAACAUUGUGAGAAGCAUCAUGUCUGUGAAAUCAUUUCCAGAUUAUUUUCCAUCUUUCUACUGAAGAUUGAACUUUUUUGAAACGUCGAGAAUGUUUCUGAACAACCUCCGACUGCACUCUGCAUUCAGGAAGUACAGGGUGUCGUCAAAAUAAAAGCACAGCUCGAGGUUCGGCAAAGAGUUGAACGGACUAAAUGUCUGACAUAAUAAAAAAGUUGUCUUAUAUUUUUACAAUUUUAUCAUCAGAAAUCUUUUAUUAGUUUCGUUCUGACAUUAAAUCAGCGACUGUCCAGAUGUUUCAAUGCUCAGCACAAUUAUCACGUUUCUCUAGAAACUGCUUCAACAUCUCAAGAUUUAAUAGUUUAUUUUCUGAUGUGAGAAUAUUUAACCCGAACAUGAACAUAUGUAAUUACAACUUAAUAAUUCAAGCUCAGUGAUGUUUGUUUUAUUGAACACGUGAGAUAUGAAAUAUCCAAUAUGAAACUGAUCUGUUAUAAAAGUUCAAUAUUUAAGCAACACAAGUUUGAGCAAAAAGUUUUUCAAUGAACAACUUAUUGUUUUUACUUUCAAAAGAGAUAGUGUCCAAAAUGUCUCCAUUAAGUGAAUCUAAAGAAAGAUCAGAUCUAGAAUCAGUUGAAUCUGUUUCCGUCUGUUGGGACGUGAACUGAGAUUCACACGAACCUGGUUUCCCAGAAGAAUUGUGAAAAAGCUGUUUUCAUUAUUUUGAUGACACCUUGUUUGUAAUUUGCAGAAACUUUAAGAGAUUUGAAUGUUUAACAAAAUGGCCGCUCAGUGUUAAAUGACUCUUCUUCGUGGCCUUGUGGUUCGAACACCUGACGUCGGGACCUGUUCUCCGUCUGGGAUCCCCGGGCGCCACUGCAUCUGAAUAGGUUUCGUUUCACUGUAAGAAGUCAGAUGUACUGUAAAUACUACUACUGCUACUUCAAGUAUUCUGUUUCUACUCGUCAUGACAAAGUAAUUCUUGUGAAAAUGUUGCUUUAGAGGUUUGUUUUUUAAAACUUGUUUAUGUGAAUCAACUUCUCAUUACGACGACGGUUCCGUCUCUCGAUGAACGUGUUUGGACGAGUUUUCACAAGUCACAUGACACGGAGGACUCGUCUUGUGUCUGGAACCUGGAACCUGCACUUUGGUACAACUGUAAAAAGAAAGUCACUGUAGCUCUUCGUGUCAAACUUGUCGUUGGAGCCAUUUCUCGUGUCACUUGCGAUUCGAGUUCGAUCUCGAUCAUCGUCACAGUUUUAAUGUUUCUGUGUUGGAACAAAAUAAAUUGUUGCAUUUA